AUGGAAGCAAAUGCGGGAUUGGUGGCUGGAUCUUACAAGAGGAAUGAGCUUGUUCGGAUUCGCCACGAUUCCGAUAGUGGGCCUAAACCUCUGAAGAAUAUAAACAGCCAAACAUGUCAAAUAUGUGGUGACACGGUUGGUCUUACGGCCUCUGGUGAUGUCUUUGUUGCUUGCAAUGAAUGUGCCUUUCCCGUUUGUCGUCCCUGUUAUGAGUAUGAGAGGAAAGAUGGAAACCAGUCUUGCCCUCAGUGCAAGACUAGAUACAAGAGGCACAAAGGGAGUCCUCGUGUUGAUGGUGAUGAUGAUGAGGAUGAUGUGGAUGACAUUGAGAAUGAGUUUAAUUACAUGCAAGGAAGUAGCAAGACUAAACGACAGUGGCAUGGGGAAGAUGCUGAACUAUCUACUUCUGCGAGACAUGAGUCUCAACCUAUACCACUCCUUACAAAUGGCCAAUCAGUGUCAGGAGAAAUUCCUUGUGCUACCCCCGACAAUCAAUCAGUGCGAACCACAUCUGGUCCUUUGGGUCCUCCAGAAAAGCAUAUGCAGUCCCAUCCAUAUGUUGACCCACGGCAGCCAGUUCCUGUGAGAAUUGUGGACCCAUCAAAGGAUUUGAAUUCUUAUGGCCUUGGGAAUGUUGACUGGAAGGAAAGAGUGGAAGGUUGGAAACUGAAACAAGAGAAAAACAUGAUGCAGAUGACAAGUAGGUACACUGAAGGGAAGGGGGACAUGGAGGGCACUGGGUCAAAUGGAGAAGAACUUCAAAUGGCUGAUGAUGCUAGACAACCUUUGAGUCGUGUCGUUCCUAUUCCAUCCUCUCACUUGACCCCAUAUCGUGUUGUGAUCAUACUUCGUCUUAUUAUUCUGGGCUUCUUCUUACAGUACCGUUUGACACACCCUGUGAAGGAUGCAUACCCCUUGUGGUUAACAUCAGUUAUUUGUGAAGUUUGGUUUGCCCUUUCCUGGCUUCUGGAUCAGUUUCCAAAAUGGUCUCCUGUCAAUCGUGAGACCUUCCUUGAAAGACUUGCGCUAAGAUAUGAUCGUGAAGGAGAACCAUCACAGUUAGCUCCUGUUGAUGUCUUUGUUAGUACAGUGGAUCCGCUCAAAGAGCCUCCACUUGUCACCGCAAACACUGUGCUUUCCAUACUUGCUGUGGACUACCCAGUGGACAAAGUCUCCUGCUAUGUAUCAGAUGAUGGUUCAGCAAUGCUCACUUUUGAAGCGCUCUCUGAAACUGCAGAAUUUGCAAGGAAGUGGGUACCCUUUUGCAAGAAGCACCACAUUGAGCCAAGGGCCCCUGAAUUUUAUUUUGCUCAAAAAAUAGACUACUUGAAGGACAAGAUUAAACCUUCUUUUGUCAAAGAGCGGCGAGCAAUGAAGAGAGAGUAUGAAGAAUUCAAGGUCCGGAUCAAUGCGCUUGUUGCCAAAGCACAAAAGAUGCCUGAGGAAGGUUGGACCAUGCAGGAUGGAACGCCAUGGCCAGGAAACAAUCCCAGGGAUCAUCCUGGAAUGAUACAGGUUUUCUUAGGCCACAGUGGAGGUCUUGAUACUGAUGGCAAUGAACUACCACGACUUGUUUAUGUUUCUCGUGAGAAGCGACCAGGUUUCCAGCACCACAAGAAAGCUGGAGCCAUGAAUGCAUUGAUCCGAGUUUCUGCCGUGCUUACUAAUGGAGCAUAUCUUUUGAAUGUCGAUUGUGAUCACUACUUCAACAACAGCAAAGCUCUCAAGGAAGCCAUGUGUUUCAUGAUGGACCCUGCUUAUGGGAAGAAAACAUGUUAUGUACAAUUCCCACAACGUUUUGAUGGCAUUGAUUUGCACGAUCGAUAUGCCAAUCGCAACAUAGUCUUUUUUGACAUAAACUUGAAGGGGUUGGAUGGCCUCCAGGGUCCGGUGUAUGUGGGAACUGGUUGCUGUUUCAAUCGGCAAGCUUUAUAUGGUUAUGAUCCAGUUCUGACUGAGGCAGAUUUGGAACCAAAUAUCAUCAUUAAGAGUUGCUGUGGUUCAAGAAAGAAGGGCAGGAACAAGAAGUACAUCGACAAAAAGAGGGCUGCAAAGAGGACUGAGUCUACCAUUCCUAUCUUUAAUAUGGAAGAUAUUGAGGAAGGUGUUGAAGGAUAUGAUGAUGAGAGGUCACUCCUGAUGUCUCAGAAGAGUUUAGAGAAGCGCUUUGGCCAAUCUCCCGUUUUUAUUGCAGCCACUUUCAUGGAAAUGGGAGGUAUUCCACCUUCAACCAAUCCUGCAACUCUUCUAAAGGAAGCAAUUCAUGUCAUCAGUUGUGGAUAUGAAGAUAAGACAGAAUGGGGAAAAGAGAUUGGGUGGAUCUAUGGUUCUGUGACGGAAGAUAUUCUGACUGGGUUUAAGAUGCACGCUCGCGGGUGGAUAUCAAUUUACUGCAUGCCUCCUCGCCCGGCAUUCAAGGGAUCUGCUCCCAUCAAUCUUUCUGAUCGUUUAAACCAGGUGCUUCGAUGGGCUUUGGGUUCCAUAGAAAUCUUGCUUAGCAGGCAUUGUCCUAUCUGGUAUGGCUACAAUGGAAGGCUAAAGCUUUUGGAGAGAAUAGCAUACAUCAAUACUAUCGUCUACCCUAUCACCUCAAUUCCACUUAUUGCUUACUGUAUGCUUCCGGCGUUCUGUCUUUUGACUGGAAAGUUCAUCAUUCCUGAGAUAAGCAACUUUGCCAGUAUGUGGUUCAUUCUCCUUUUCGUCUCCAUCUUUGCAACGGGUAUUCUUGAACUCAGAUGGAGUGGGGUUAGCAUUGAAGACUGGUGGAGGAACGAGCAAUUUUGGGUCAUCGGUGGAACUUCAGCUCAUCUGUUUGCCGUCUUCCAGGGUCUUCUAAAAGUUCUUGCUGGAAUUGAUACCAACUUCACUGUGACGUCAAAGGCUAGUGAUGAUGACGGGGAUUUUGCAGAGCUUUAUGUGUUCAAAUGGACUUCUCUCCUCAUCCCUCCCACCACUGUCCUUAUUAUGAAUAUGGUUGGUAUCGUGGCCGGUGUGUCAUAUGCCAUUAACAGUGGUUACCAGUCUUGGGGUCCUCUCUUUGGUAAGCUGUUCUUUGCAUUGUGGGUUAUUGUCCAUUUAUAUCCUUUCCUAAAGGGUUUACUGGGAAGGCAAAACCGUACACCUACCAUUGUCAUUGUCUGGUCCAUUCUCCUCGCUUCGAUUUUCUCCUUGCUCUGGGUGCGAAUUGAUCCAUUCACCUCGGCCUCGACAAAGGCUGCCAACGGUCAAUGUGGUAUCAAUUGCUAGACAGUUACGUCAUAGUUUUGUCCCGCGGUAUGGUGAUUUUCCUGUGAAUAUGACAAGAAAGAAAUCAAGGCAAAGAAAAGAGCCCUCAGGAAGGAACGAAUUUGAAGAAAAUGAGAAAUGAUGACCUUUUCAGAUUCUCUCACAGGUCUUUACACCAGAAUUUGUAGGUGUUCUUGAAGUUGUAUUGGUAUGUUAUAAUGUUAUUGUGCAGUAUUGUGAAGUCUCAUUUAUUUAAUGAAAAUAGAUAAAGGAAUUAUUUAUAUCAGGAGAAUUUGUAAGAACAGACAGACAAGGAAUUUUUUGAUGUUUCCGAAUUGUUAUGACAGUGAAAUUAUAAUUUAUUAACUGUUCAUGUUCAA